AUGGGCGGGUGGUUGAUCUUCAUCAUCCUCAUUCUGGCUGUCGGACUCUCGUUUCUGGGAUGGGUGUCUGCCCCCAAAGGAGACGACCAAAUUGUGAUCCGAACAGCUGUUAUCGCUACAGUCACGUGUUGUUAUCUCAUGUGGGCUAUCGUUUAUUUGGCUCAGCUACACCCUCUCAUUCAGCCUAAACGAGGCGAUCUGAGACCUGAACAUUGA